AGGUUUACAUCUGCCAUGACAAGUCCAGACAAAAUGAAGAGUCUUUUCCAAGACUUGGGAAAACCGACAAUGAGAGGAGUGCGCAAGUGUCCAAAUUGUGGUAUCUUCAAUGGUACUCGUGGUGUUACAUGCAAGAAUAAACAGUGUGGGAUGGUAUUUAAAUCAUCUGGGAAAAGAAAGAACAACAACAUUGAUGCUGUGAAAGUCAUAACAGGUUCUACAGUACAGGUUUUCUCUGCCAGAAUAAGAGAUAGAGGGCCAGACUACAGGAGCUUUGUUGAGCUACCCCUUGUACAGGAUAUGGAUGGGAAUGUUGCAGAAUCAGUAGACCCUGAGGUCUUAUCUGCUGCAGCAAGAUGUUAUGCAGAAUCCUGCCCUAAUAAUCCAAACAAUCAGAAAGAGCCUACUGACCUUGAGGUUGAGAUACAUCCUCCAUGUACACAUAUAAAAAGUGCCAUUAACUGUAUAACAGAAGCUGAGCCACUGACCUUAAAAAACUCUAUUUUAAAUUCAUUACAAGUUUCAAAUGAAACAAAACAGGCUAUAUGGCUUCUUGCCACAGAGACAACUGGCCCAUUAGUUCAAAGAGUCACUAAGAACGUUAUGGUUGUAAAGUGUAAACCUAGUGGGAAGCAUCCACUUGGAUUCCUUCAUUUCACAUUUUACGAAACUAGUAGACAGCGAUCUGUUCCUGAACACAAAUUUCAAUGCAGCUGUAGACAGUUCAAGGUUUAUAAAACAGAUGUUACAAAAGAAGAGUGUCAGAAGAGAUGUGUACAUUUUUAUGCCUGCAUCUGUGCUUUUGCUAGUGAGGAAAAAUUGGCUCAAGAAUUUGAGUUUUACAUCAAUUUAGACUCCUCAGCUCCAGAGAGACGCUUGCUGUCUAUCUACACAACAGCAGCCAGCCAGGACAAUACUAAUGUUGGGGAUGAAGGAGAGGAAGUUGCAAUCAUCAUAGAUCAGGAUAAUAGUGACACACCUGCACCUGAACCUGCGAAAAAACGCAAGAAAGACGAUAGCGUAGUCCAAGCCAGUAAUGCCCUCUUGACCUUACAAGACAGUUUGAACACACCAACAAAGGAGUACAGCCCUCUGAAACACAAACCUACCACACCAGGGAGCACCAACAAAACACAGUUAACUCCAGCCAAAAAGAGUUUAGUGCUUGGUGGAUCUGUAUUAGAAGAGGAGACGGUUGAAAUAAACUUCCACCAGUGGUUAGGUAGUGUUACAGAGAGAAUAAACCAGACCAUGCAUUACCAGUUUGAUGGCAAUCCAGAGCCCUUGGUAUUCCAUGCCCCUCAGAUAUACUUUGACUGUCUGCAGCAGAGGAUCUCGGGAGGUCAGAAAAAGAAAAGACUGCCAAAUUCCACAACUGGUUUUAUCCGCAAAGAUGCUCUUCCACUUGGAACAUUCAUGAAAUAUACAUGGCAUAUCACCAAUAUACUACAAGUGAAACAGAUCUUUGACACUCCAGAUAUGACUCUUGAUGUAACUCGUAGUUUCAUUGAAAACAGGGAUGGAACAUAUGAUUGCUAUGAGGUGCCCAGUAUUUCUAUGGACAAUAUCAUGAAGAAACAAACUCCAAUACGACCAUUUGAACUGAAGACAUACCUAAAAGUUGGAAUGACAGCCCCAGAUCAGACAGAAGCUACGCCAUUCAUCAUAGAAUGGAUUCCAGAUAUUCUGCCUAAGUCACGCAUAGGCGAACUCAGGAUUAAAUUUGAAUAUGGACAUCAAAGGAAUGGCCAUAAAGAGGAUAGGACAGUGCAGGCCUUAGCCCAACCAUUAGACGAGGUCCCACCCACAUUAUAUAGAUUCACUAAGUUAGACCAUAAUCAGUCAUAGAUGGUGCUGAAGUCAAAAAUCCUGAAAUAUAUAUUGUGAUGCAGGCAGUGAUUAAGUGUAUAGGCUGUCUCAAAAAACAGCACAGAUAAACCAAUCAAUAUUUUCAGACAUUUUUCCAUGGUCAUGUAGCCAAAACAUGUAAGUUUUUUCCCCUAUACACUGUUUUUAAUUCAGUCUUGCCUUUUUGAUGCUUUAACCCUUUACCUCUUACACCACAUAAUCAAUGUAACCUCAUAUUUCGAUGACAGUCUGCAUCCUUACUACUACAUUGUUCAUCAUAUUUGAUAUUUCUGGUUGAAUGUUUUGAUUUCUGUUCGGAUUCUGGUCUUAAGUUGUUCUAGGUCUCUUAGCUUGGGUUUAGCAUAAAAAUGGUCCUUCAAAUAGCCCAAGAAAAAAAGUAUGGACCGUCAAAUCUGGUGAAUAGGGAAGCCCUCACAA